AUGGCCAAUAAACUAAGAGUAUGCAUACUACACCCAGAUUUGGGAAUAGGGGGCGCUGAAAGGUUAAUAGUCGAUGCCGCACUUGGCCUUCAAAAACGCGGACACACGGUCCACAUAUAUACUUCCUACCAUGACUCGGGCCAUGCAUUCGAGGAAACAACCGACGGUACCCUGACUGUGCGAUAUAUUAAACCACCUUUCCCGCGACACGUCUUUGGUGCUUUGCACAUCCUGCUUUCUAUCCUGCGGCAGCUGCAUCUAGUUCUGAUCUUGCUGUUUCUUGUAUACUUUGGGAAAGAGAGUCCGUACGAUGUGUUCCUUGUCGACCAGCUUUCCGCUUGCAUUCCCUUGCUCAGGUGGGGAAUGCAAAAGAGAGUUGUGUUUUAUUGCCACUUUCCAGACAAACUUUUGGCAGAUGGGACUGUUGCUGCCGUCGAAGGUGUUCAGGCUACCAAAGGCAAGGGAGGUGUCAAAGGGUUCGUCAAGAAAUUAUACAGGCUGCCAGUUAAUUGGGUCGAGGAAGUUACUACGGGACAAGCGGACGUUAUACUUGCAAACUCUCGGUUUACUUCUCGAGUAUUCAAGGAUUCGUUCCCUUCAAUCAAGGUGGAUCCAGUAGUGGUCUAUCCAGGAAUUAACAUUUCAGCCUAUCAAUCCCUUCCUUCUUCAGAUGAUACGAGUGAGAUUGAGAUGGUCAAAUCGGAUAAGACCACACUCCUCUCUUUAAACCGAUUCGAACGCAAGAAAAAUGCAGCUCUCGCAAUUCAGGCCUUUGCCCUCCUCCCGAACUCCAACAUUCGACUAGUCAUCGCAGGAGGGUACGACCCACGCCUAGCUAACAACGUUGAAUGCCUGCGACACCUAGUCAAGAUAUGUGAAGAAAAUGCAAUAGAAUGGAAGACAGUCUCUCCUCGCGAACUUCCCGAACUUCCUACGCACUCUUCGAAUAAACCAAAAGCAGAGGUGAACGGAAAACAAGUCCUCUUUGUUCUCAACUUUUCCAACCCUCAACGUACACACUUGCUCACCUCGCCUACGACCCGUGCGCUACUUUAUACUCCCCAGAAUGAACAUUUUGGGAUUGUUCCGGUUGAGGCGAUGGUCUGUGGGGUUCCAGUCGUUGCGUGCGAUAGCGGAGGACCCAUGGAGAGCAUUGUCGACCCGGAGAAUCUCAAGUAUGCAGCCGAUUCUGAUAAGCAUACGGGAGAAAAGGGCAGAACGGGGUUCCUACUCCCCCCAGAUCCCGAGCUGUGGGCCCGUGCAUUGCGAUCUAUCCUGGAUUUCUCAGACGAGGAACGAGUAUCGAUAGCAAGGACCUCUCGACAACGUGUGAAGGAUAUGUUUAGCCUCGAGAGCUUGACAGUCGGUAUGGAGAGUGCAUUGAUUAGGGCUGUGCAAAUGGGUAAAAUGAAUGACGUGGGAGUAGGAGUAGGAGUUGCAGUAGUGAGCAUUGGGGUUGGAGUAGGCGUUUGGUUACCAAGUGAAUUAUGA